CGCAACCAUCGCUAGAGUCCCAUCAUCGAUAGGACACCAGCUGAUCCCAGAAUCCACUUAUUCUUGUUGGGAAUACAUGCAGACAAACUCAGAGUGGAUUCAUCUCUGCCAUCUCUGCCUAACCCCACCCUAGAUUCACUAGUUCUCUUGACUUGCAGAAGCUGAGGGCGAUGCUACAGUGUGAUUAGUUGCCGGAUACGACUAUGCACGCCGUGGAAGUGUGGAUGGUGUAGGCUUAGCUCUCCCAUCGAACAGACCAGUUGUUCUGCUGAGGAUUCCAAUCGCACAUGACAAAGUUGGGGAGGGAGAAAACUAUUUAAGAUGCCUUCCGACCUGAUCUGAAUCUGGCUUGACAGCAUCCACACUUCCCUCAAACCAAUCUGAGCUAGGCAUAUACCACGCCCACAAGUAGCAAGCAACAUCCUAUAACUACCAUCCCCUACUGACACGUACAGAAUGGCCGAAUCCGUCGAAGAACUCAAAGCAACCGUUGCAAAAUUACAGAGGGAACUUUCUGUUAGCAAAGAGAUGCAUGAAAGGACUAGCGCGAGAUCCACGGACGAGAGGGAAAAAUGGGAUACAGAGCGCGAGGCACUACAAGCGAAAAUCUCCGGACUAGGGAAGGCUUUACAUGAGCUGCAGGAGGCAAUGGAGAACAUGUAGAUUUUAUCGUGUUGCUCAGAGAAUAUCAAUCCGAUUGAUCUCAAUAAACC